AUGACGUUGACAACCUCCAACUCAAGCUCCUCUGAGAGCUUCACCUUCCAUCAGCCUCAUUCCAGAGCCCCCAACUACAUCUGCUGGCAUCGCGGCUUGAACAAUGCCAACGAUAACAUGAUGAUUGCCCUUGUAGUGCCCUGGAUCCAAUGGCCCAACAACCCUCUCGAUGAUGUCAAUACGGAGUGGUCCAUUAUUCGGGACAAGGCGCGCCAGGCUGUGCUUCAAUGGCGCAGAGUUCUGAGAGAGAAGAUCUCAGGUGAGUCGCACCAGAGGCACAUGAAGAUCACUAGUAUUAUUAUUAUGAAUUCGCAGCUGAGACUAACUGUUGAUAGCUUGGGAAAGGGUGAGGAGCAUAUGAGUUUGUUCUAUGGAUUCGUCGCGGAUGAGUUGAUGGAUAUGGACGAGGUGAGAGGUGUGAACAUGGGGAAGGGUCUUAUCAAGUGGAUUGGUCAGGGAGAGGAUGCAUAUCCUGUCGUGAGGAAUUUCAGAUCCAGGAGUUGGUAA